AUGGCCUUCUCAAAGAUUGAACAGGCUAGAACCAUCCAGCUACAGCAUUUGCAACUAAAUUUUCUUAAUCCAGCGGGUCUGCUAAAGUUGAAGAUUAGCAGCUGGGCGAACAAGUCACGCUGUAGUGGUUUGAAAAGGGAUGGUGAUAUCAUUGACAUCGAUUCUAUUCAAGAUUUAUUGAUCCAGAACGGGGAGAAGAUGCCUUUGAAGGGCUUGGAGGGCGAUGCCGCCAAUGGUCUGUGGGAUUGGAUACAAGAAUUCAAAGAUCUCAAGAUGUGGCAACUCCUGGACUCGUCCUACAAGGGUCACUAA